CCACAUUGUGCGCAGGCGCGAGCCGCGAGCGCCAUGUCUCGCGAAUUUAACUAUUAUUAAAAUAAUUUUCACAAUAAAAAUUUAAAUAAAAAAAUGUACAAGUCCGCCCCUGCGUGAGUGAAAGAGGAUUGCAGUUUUGAAUUUUAUUGUAUAAUAUUUUCUUAGUAAAAUAAUGUUGCAUAUAUAAAUAAUCAAAAUGUUUGGGUUCAAACGAUCGUCAGUGCAACUUGUGGUGAUACUGGCUUGGCUUUUGCGAUACUACACCUUCGGAUCUGUAGUUUUAUGGUGUAUAAUCGCAUGUGGUUUGAGUUUGGCUGUUGUUUUGGCUGUGACGACCUAUGACCAUGACUACUGGACAUCCCGAGGGGUGUUCUCCCCGCCUGCAUGGCCGGUCGUGGGCCACAUAUUGUCCGUGGUGAUGUUUAAGGAGCAGGGAGGCAUGUGCUUCAAGAGGAUAUACGAUACUUAUAAGGAUAAGAGAUUUUUAGGCUGUCACCAAUUCUAUCAGCGCACUCUAGUGGUCCGCGACCCUGAGCUGAUCCGAAGAGUGUGCGUCAAUGACUUCCAGCACUUCACGGACCGAGGUUUCUUCUUCAACAAGGACGUGGAUCCUCUCGCAGGGUCUGUGCUGUUCUUGAGGGGGAACGAGUGGAAGAGGCUUAGAGCAAAGAUAUCGCCUAUAUUCUCGCCAAACAAACUGCGCGGCAUGUUCCCGCUUAUAGAGAACACAGCGGUCGAAUUCGUGACUAGGGUACAAGAUUUGCUGACGCAGAACAAAAUGGGAUCGAACAAAAAUGGCUCAGUGAAGACAGAUGGUCAAUCGAAUGGUGUAAAACAAAUCUCUGCUGUGGUGAAUUCCGAGAAACUUGUCGGUGGUUAUACAGCUGAUGCCAUAGUGCCCUGCGCUUUUGGUUUAAAAAGUAACGUCAUGUAUAAUGAAGAUGAUCCCUUCGCUGUAGCUUUGCAUGCCUUCUACGAGAUGUCGCUGUUUAAUAUUUUUGAGAAGACGAUGCGUCAGUUCUGGCCGGCUUUUGUAUUGUUCUUUCGAAUGAGAAUCAUACCAAAGAAGACACACGAGUUCUUCUACAACAUCGUCACAACUGUGCUGAGGGCGCGGGAGAAUGGCGAUCAAGAAAAGCGAGGAGAUUUUAUAGAUAUGAUGAUGGCGCUAAGGAAUGACGAAACAAACAAUAAUUGUAAGAAGGAUCAAGAAGAUGUUGAAAUCACUGACAUGGUAAUAUCAGCAAAUGCCUUCAUUAUCUUCCUCGGAGGGUUUGAGACGACAUCAUCUACCCUGGCCUUCCUAUUCCUGGAGCUGGCAGCAAACCAGCAGGUUCAGGAGAAGAUGAGAGAAGAGAUCAGACAGGUGGUGGAGAAACAUGAAGGGAAGAUCACGUAUGAGCUGUUGCAGGAGCUGGUGUACAUGGAGAUGGUGAUUCAGGAAACUCUUCGCUUAUACCCGCCGUUCCCAAGCAUCCAGCGUAUGUGCACCAAGGAGUACACAAUCCCUGACACCAACAUCGUAGUGGAGAGAGGGACCAUUGUACUGUUCCCAACGUUGGGCAUACAGAGGGAUGAACAGUACUUUGAGAAUGCUUCAGCGUUCAUCCCUGAGCGCUGGUCUGAAGGUAGCCCGCAGCCGCCGCCUGGAGUCUACAUGCCCUUCGGAGAUGGGCCCCGGUAUUGUAUAGGAAAAAGGUUCGCCCUAAUCCAAAUGAAAUGCUGUCUUCUAAGAGUGCUGCAGCAUGUGCGAAUCACUCCAGCUCCUCGUCCUGAUGCUGCGGGAAAGCUGACAGUCCAGUCUCGAGUGGAACCCUUCACUGCCGACCCUCGUUCCCCCCUAACUCUUCAUCCAGCUGACUCCUUAGUAACUCUAAGCCUGUUAUGACGAACUUUGUCCUAUUAAAGCACAUCAAGAUAU